AUGCGUCAGCGUGCAUCGCUUGCGUCGUCUGUGCUACUGGCUGGUCAGAUAUAUCCAGCGCCGAGCGAUCAACUCCAGCGCCGAAAGAUCAGCUCCAACGGCGACUCCUGCAGAUCGGCCACGCCACGGGCGUGUCCCCUGCGCCUGUGUGCUCGUCCUGGCCGCGGCGGCCUCUCUGUCUUCCCUGGGGACGCCUGUCCGUCUGGCUGGCCCUGCAUCUGCCCAAGAAUGACCAGGAAACGCAGCCGCCCAUCCAAGCAACAUGACCGAAGCGCCCAGAGCGCCGGGGACCGCGAGCGGGCUGACCAAAAGCUAGCCGAGCAGCUCGCCGACCCGUUGGGCGACUACAGACGAUUUCUGGCCAAGGUCCGGAGCUUUGGCCUCAAACACCACGAGGACUGCUACACCAUCCCUGCCAACCUCAUCGACCUGACAACCACCAUCCUCGUCUCGCUGCUGCUCAAUCGGCGGGCUCAUUUCUUAACCUCGGCCGAAUCAGCGCCAUCAGCGCCAUCAGCGCCAUCGGAAUACCGCUCCGCAAGGCAAGAGGCGUUCGACUGCAUCCGCAAACUCAUCAACCGGACCAAGCUGAACUGCAGCACUUUUGUCCUGGCUCUGCUCUACAUCGACCGGUCGAAGAGCCGGGAGGCUCGCGAUUGGAGAAGGAGACUCUGGAGGCAAAAACCAGCAGCACCAGUACGGGUGCCGGCAUCAAGACCAAGCCAGGACCGUGCUUCCGAAAGCCGGCCGAAGAAUCAAAAUAGCACCGCUGCGUCGAGCCACUCCAACGACCGCCUGCUGGAGCCGCACGGAUGCAUUUCAACGUUUUUGGGGGCAGUCAUCUGUGCGGACAAGUAUCUUUACGACGCCACGUACUCGAACCUGGACUGGGUCGAGUUCGCCGACCACCGCUUUUCUCUUGCCGACAUCAACCAUAUGGAAGUCCGGUUUCUCCAGCGACUGGACUACCAACUGCAUGUCAGCGACUUGGACUUUGACAACUUCCUGACCUAUCUCGAUGGGAUGCUUUGUCUGCGCCAGCUCCAUCGCUGGCCAUCUCUGACCUACGGCGACUUGCUGCGGCUCUCCCAGUUUGUGCCCUAUCUUGCCCAACUCAACCGCCACAUCACCCGGCCCCUUGAUGCCUCCAUCAUGAUCGCCCGCAUCCUCAUGCGCUCGAUGCUGAGCUAUGUGGUGGCCGUGGCCGUGGUCGUCGUGGCUGUAUCGCUGAGCUUUGCCAAUGUGCACUUUGGAAGGAUUCGCCUCGAGUUUCUCGAGCGGCUGUACGAGCGAGAGAAGGAGGCUUCGGCACUGAUUCUUGCCCGGUAGCUGGCUAUCCGCUGUUUGGUCGUGCAAACGCUGGUUCGUCGUUCUCGCACUGGCCGUUGUUCCUGCGAGCUCCUUUUGAAUCGGAACACCUCCACACACGGAUGGCUUGUGCAUUGGUUGAUGUUGAUCGAUCUGGCUGAACGGCUUCGAUCGGCACCCAAACCAGCGAUAUUGCUCUUUGCCCUGCGUCUUCCUCACUCAUUCCAGGUAUGUCUUCGUGCUCUGACCUGCAGCGACUGCAUCUGCAGUGGCUCGCUGGUCCUGUCGUGCCCACUCCAUGCAUCUCCCUCACACAGGGAAAUGACUUGACCCACUUGUGAUAUGAUCCGACUACGCCGCUUGUCCGAAUGAGAUGGUGUAUCCCAUUAUUUCUUCAACACGCUGUCCGAUUUUUGCUUGCAACGCUCCUGGCAAGAGACUCUUCACCUCCUACAGAAUGGAUCAUGAACAUGGCAUCUGUGGAGCACAACCAAAG